UUACCCAUGAAGGAGUUGCACAGUGAAUUCCUUGUUGAGGAUUACUCAUUUUCUCUCUUGCCUAUGACUGAGGCUGUUUCUGACGUCCUGCCCCUGGUUUCGCCUGUCCCAAGGAUUUCAUUUGAAGGGUGGGUCACUCCCCCCACUUCCCCCACCCCAACCGGAGCCUGUGACCAGGACCAAUGAAAGCAAAGGACCUCAUCCUCCCGGUGACUAAGAACUCAGAGUAUUUAAGCGGUUGCAGCAAUGGGCUGAAAAUUGCUUUUGCUUUCGCCACUGACGGGCACUCUCUCAUCGGAUCUGGGGCAUCGCUGAGCUGCAGUGAAGGGGCAAGAGACCUCCCAGACCCCUCGCCGCCAUGUGCUACGGCCAAUGCGCUCGAUGCAUCGGGCGUUCUCUGCUGCUGUUUGCCAUCCUCUGCAUUGUGGCUAAUAUUCUGCUUUACUUUCCCAACGGGGAAACCAAGUAUGCCUCUGAGAACCACCUCAGCCGCUUCGUGUGGUUCUUUUCUGGCAUCGCAGGAGGGGGCUUGAUGAUUUUCCUGCCCGCGUUUGUCUUCAUGGGGCUGGAGGAGGAGGACUGUUGCGGCUGCUGCGGCCACGAAAACUGCGGCAAGAGAUGCGCGAUGCUUUCGUCUAUACUGGCCGCUGUCAUCGGACUUGCGGGAUCUGGCUACUGCGUCAUCGUGGCAGCCCUGGGCUUAGCGGAAGGACCACUGUGUCGUGGUGCCGCCGGCAGCUGGAACUACACCUUUGCCAACACUGACGGAGAAUACCUUCUGAAUAGGUCCACAUGGUCCCAGUGCAUUGAACCCAAGCAUGUCGUGGAAUGGAAUGUCACUCUGUUUUCUAUCCUUUUGGCACUUGGUGGCAUUGAAUUCAUCUUGUGUGUCAUUCAAGUAAUAAAUGGAAUACUUGGAGGCAUAUGUGGCUUUUGCAACUCUCGCCAACAGCGAUACGACUGUUAAAAGAACCGUCCCAGGACAGAACCACAAUCUUCCUCUAUUUCACUGUAAUUUAUAUAUUUUUUCUUGUAUUAAUUUGUAAAACUUUGUACUAGUGUAUCAUACUCCACAUAUUCUACUUUUAUAAAUGUGUAUAAAGACUAGCAUCUUCACAUGAUGUCAGUGUUUGAACUGAGCAAACAAACAUUUCUUUAGGGAUGAGAAAAUAAACCACACUCUGGAGAUUAUUUACAGACUGGAUGACGGUCCUCAGCAUAUCUGAGAUAAACUGUGGCCUGAAGUAAUGCUUUUGAGAAGCAUUACAAGGAUAAAUAUCACAUUCCAAUUACUGUUGUAUAUAUGUAUAUGUGCAUGUGUUUAUUAAAUGAAAGACAGAUUUCUAGUUGCUUUUUUUAAGACCAUGAAGGAGAAAAAUCCAAAAACCUGAAAAGAUGUGUUUUUUCACUGUUUAUAUGGUGUUUCCCAUUUGUACACCUGCGAAUCUCUAACAAGAGGCCUUUUGGAAUUGUUUGGUGUUCUGUGAAAGACAGAUGCUUGCCUGAAGUUGGGAGGGCUGAUUGAGAAUGCUCCAAGA